GAUCGCUUGGACGUUGCAGUCUCUCUAUCAACAACCUUUAAGCUAUCCAUAUUCAACUUUUAAACCGUCUUUACACCAUCAACUUUACAAAACUAGGCUAUGCAUUAAUUGCCGUCCAGGCGGCGCGGCGGAUCAUAGGACGACUUCCACGUGAAUAACCUUCUCUCAGGAGGAAUAGAUAUUGGAUCAUAAAAAGAUUAGGCUACUCAGCCUUCUUGCACCUGUAGCCAAGUCCUCAUAAAUAAACUUCAAUAGGCCUACAAACUCAAAAACCUGUUCAGCCUUAAAAUUGACGUUCCUGAACUGGUUAGUCAACAACAAAAAAGUUCCCGAACCGGUUAAAAACGAUCCAUGUCAGCCGCUAGACAGACAGCCUACAAGGCUACGCGGAUCCAAUGGCUUGUCAGGGCAUGCGGGGGUGUUGCCUCUUCAGUUUCAUCUUCAUCUGUUCCUUCAUCUUUGUAGUAGUGGUGCAGCAGAUCCUUUACAGGAAGAACUACUUACCAAGUGGGCAACAGCUUAACCGACAUCACGGAGAUGAGACGGGCAUCUGGAGCAGAGUGUACCUGCCAGACAGCUUUCCACUGAGACCUGCCAGAAAUGAUAAGAGGGAGAUUGAAUGGCCCUUCAAUUCCACAUCGUGUCAAAUGCUGAGGAAGGACAUCCUGGAUGUGAAGGUCCGCACUAUGGUGAAGACCUCAGAGUUGUUUGAUAGAUGGAGAAAUAUACAAUUGUGCAAGUGGGAGCAGAACAAGGAAGAAGCCAACAACUUCACGAUGUCUGUGUCUCGGAGCUGUAAUGCAUCCUCCUUCCUGUUCACGACUAAGCGCAACACGCCAUCAGGCACCAACCUGCGCUUUGAGCAGGGCGGAACCCUGAACAUCAACCCUGAGAUAUUUGAUAUGUUCCCUGAUGACAUGCCCUAUUCAAGAUCAGAGUUUAAGCGCUGCGCUGUCGUUGGGAAUGGAGGCAUCAACAUAAACAGCACAUGUGGAAAAGAGAUAGACUCAGCUGACUUUGUCUUCCGGUGCAACAUUCCACCCUUGUCUGAUGAAUACUCUGUCGAUGUGGGAUCUAAGACUGACUUUGUCACCAUCAACCCAAGUAUCCUCAGAAACAGGUUCCAACACUUAGAGAAAUGGCGAAAGUCUUUCUAUGAAGACCUAGAGCAAUACAAGAAUGCCUCCAUCGUGCUGCACGCCUUCUACAAGAGGUUCGACACUGCCAUCUCCUUCCGUGCCAAGUACGCGCUGGAUGACUUCAAAUCACAUAGCAGCGUCUUCUUCUUCCAUCCGCAGUACCUGCUCAACGUGGACCGCUUCUGGAAACUGGAGGGAGUGCGCGCCAGGCGCCUGAGUACCGGCCUCAUGCUCGUCAACCUCGCCAUGGAGCUGUGUGAGGAGGUGCACCUCUAUGGCUUCUGGUCCUUCCCCACGAACCCGACGGGUGCCUCCAUCACACACCACUACUACGACAACGUCAAGGCGGAGCCGGGCGUCCACGCUAUGUCGGACGAGCUCUUCCACUACCUGCAGAUGCACGCACGUGGCAUACUGCACUUGCACACACAGCCCUGCAGCUGAUUGCUUAGAUGAGUGCAGUGCAGGCAGCCCUGCACUGAUUAUCUCAGUGUUCUUGCAAAGGCUCAUGGGCACUAAAUGAAAUGGUGACACUCAGGCAUCCCACGCGUUCAUUUGGGUUGCCCAUUUAGGACCCAUGCAUACCCAUAAUGUACCCAUGCUUAUUAAUCCUAUCUCUAGCCUCUGAAUAUAUUCAUUUGGGUGUUGGACACAUGCAGUAGCCAUGUUUGGCAUCGGGCGGGGGGAUGUGUGUGCGUGCUAAUAUGUGAUUAUGUGUGUGCGUGUGUGUGGGAGGGGGUAUGUGUGUGUGUGUGUGUGUGUGCUAUUGUGUGAUUCUGUUACACAAGGAAACUGACUAUAGGGGCAUUUUGAUAUCUGUCAAUUAGAUUAGAGAAUUUCCAUAUUUGGGAUAGUGUAAUUUGAUAAUAUUUGCAUAGCCUACCAUGUCAAUAUUUGCAUAGCAUAUGAUGUCAUGUUUUUGCAUUCAUGUCACCAGGAAGCCUGCCAGUAGACAUAUCUAUUAAUAUUUAUGUUCUUAUAUCAUAUAAUGUUCUAAUAUUGAUGCUCUUCAGAGAACAUCUCCUCUCAAAGCACUACUUACAACUAGUCUUGCUUAACCUAUGGACAAUUGCACUCAUUGAUGCACUUACUACACUCUUUGAUGCACCUACUACACUCAUUGAUGCACUUAUUGUGGUUGUUGUUUAUUGUUGUAAAAUCUGUAGCUAGAAUUGCUCUUAAAAAUGUAAAAAUGUUUUUACCAUGUUGUAAGUCGCCUUGGUUAAAAAGCGUCGGCCAAAUAAUGUAAUGUUAUGUGGGUGGGAUUGUGGAAUCUGGCGAAAUAUGAUGGGAAGAGUUUUAUUCACUGAAGUGUAUUCACUGAAGUGUUGACCAACUUUUGAUUCUUAGAUAUGGAAAGAAAGUUUGUUAUUGUGGCAUGCUAUUAGAAUGUGAGCACAAAGUUGGAGAAAUUUGCUGCAAUUUCAAAACUGGAUUACUCGGGAACGGCUUAUUGUACAGAGGCAUGCUUUAUAUCCACAUAUUCUGUAAACUCUGCGAGCUGUGCGCAGAAUGUAAGUAUGAUUAAAUAUUGAAUUGAAUUGGCA